CUGCCAAUUGUUGGGUUUGUCAUCUUAUUCAUUCUCAUUCAAGAGUGCUUCGAAGGUUGCGCUGGCGGAUGUUCGGAACCAGGGCCGAAAGGGUGUAGGAAAUGCAAAAAUGGUUACAACGAAACUGCAGAAGGUUGUGUAGAUAUAGACGAAUGUGCAUUGAAGACAACAUGCCCGAAUGAUCACGAAAACUGCGUGAAUCUCCCGGGUUCAUAUAGAUGUGAUUGUGUCGACGGCUAUAAGCGUGAGGGCGCCUAUUGUGUGUUGGAUGUGGAAGCGAAACCAUAUCGAACGUUGAUUCCUCCUGACAAGUUGCUGAAAGGAAUUGCAAUGACAAGUUUGGCUCUGAUCACUGCGUUUGUGAUAUGGCGCCGGUCGAUAUUUCUGCUCGUCUUGACGGCGAUUGCUGUUGUGUUGAUCAUUUUUAUAGACUUGAACGUUAAUCCAGAUACAAUACCGGAUAGAGCAAAGAAAUAUUUGGGAUUUUAG